CCUGUUACGCACCGAUGGGAGUAAUUAAGGUACAGCCAGGCAGUUGCGUGCCAUUCUUGGCUGGCUCGUAGCGGAAAACUUGCCCCGGAUUUUGGAUUUUGUCCUUGACUCUUCUUCACACAUAGGACAAGAUGAGGCCUCUGGUUCCCCAUUUUGUGGCAGUUUCUUGUCUUUUAAUUGUCUUACAAGACAGUGUCAGAAUGGAAGAAUGCAUCUUUAGAAAAAUAGACGGGGAGGACAAAACAUUUUGUAGAGGGGGUCUAGAAGUUUUCUAUCCAGAAUUGGGAGAUGUUGGCUGUUCAUACAUUCCAAAGUGCAAUGCCUAUCGUAAACGGAUCAGCAAAGAAUGGAUCAGACCCGAAGUUAGAUAUCAGCAGGCAGAUAUGAAUAAGAAAUAUGCUCUCAUCAUGGUUGACCCAGAUGCUCCUAGCAGAUCUAAUCCAAUGUAUCGCUUCUGGAGACAUUGGGCUGUGACUGACAUCAGCGGUACUGAUAUGAAGACGGGGAACCUGCAAGGUCAUGUAUUGGCAGACUACAUCCGGCCCACACCACCACCCGAAAGUGGUUACCACCGCUACCAGUUCUUCCUCUACGAACAGCCAGCCCGUGAAGUUGUAGCCUUGAAUUCAGAUGAAAUUGCAUCUUCCGGUUCCUGGAACAUAAAGAACUUUGUGGAUCGGUUUCAUCUUGGAACACCUGUGGCUUCAACCCAGUUUAUGACUAAGGAUUACCAUAACUAGCAAUAUCGGUAGAAGCACUAACCGUAUAACCACCAUUGCUCUCCAUGAUUUCGCUUGAUUUCUUCCCUAGGGAGCAGACGAAUGCUCCCAAUCAGAGUGAACCUUUCUCUUUAUUCAACAAGCAUGGGCUGGAUUUUUGCAUGAUCAACAGGCUUCAUAGGGCUCUCUGGGAUUUUAUCUUAGGAUUCAUUAUGUUUUUCAACUGGCAUUAGUCCAAGUUGUCCCUAGAAUUCCACCACGUAUGUCACAGGAAAUGCAACACAUUCACUGCAGGACUUGUAGGCCUUAAAGUUAAAUAUGUAUGGAGUCUCAUAUUAUCUUGGAAGCAAAGUAAAAAGUCCAUAGCCUACUCAUAACCACCAACUACUCAUAUUCCAGCAUUUUGUUUUAGAUAUUUAAUUGACAUCAAAUUACCUUCUUAUACUCUUUUAUGGCACUUCCAUUCAUGACUUCCCUUCCCAGGCUACAUACCCUUUGCAAAUACACAUCCUUGAAUUAAUAUCUGCCAUUUAUUGCAGCAUUCAAUUAAAAAGAGCAUUUCACCAUU